CCACAACACAAAGCAACAGAAUAUUAUUAUUUUUUAAUUUGGGGAACAUUUCAUUGAUUAGGGUUUUCAUUUCAGCCAUCUUCACUGUCUUAUCUCACAGUCACACACACACAUCAAUGGAAGCAAUCACCGAAGGAGUAAACAACAUCAACAUCUCCGAUUCCAUUAAGAAGAAUCGCAUUCAAGUCUCCAACACCAAAAAACCACUCUUCUUCUACGUUAAUCUCGCUAAGAGGUAUAUGCAACAGCAUAAUGAAGUUGAGUUAUCUGCACUAGGAAUGGCUAUUGCCACAGUGGUUACUGUUGCUGAAAUUUUAAAAAACAAUGGGCUUGCUGUCGAAAAGAAAAUCAUGACAUCAACUGUUGACAUAAAAGAUGAUUCUAGAGGAAGACCUGUUCAAAAGGCCAAGAUCGAAAUAUUACUCGGGAAGACUGCAAACUUCGAUGAGUUGAUGGCCGCUGCAGCGGCUGCUGCCGAAGAUGGUGAAAAUGGAGAUGUUGAAGAGCAUGCAGCAUAAGUUCAUCAGUAUAACACCUGUUUUGGGUGAAUCUAUGUUCUGUUGAAUGAAUUGUUUGAUUGUUGUUAGUAGAUAGCAGACAAGCAUAGAAUUUGUUAUAGACUGACAUGCAAUGUUGAGCUACCUAAUUCCUUAAUUUCUUUUCCUUAUUAUAAAUAGAGGCUUUUAUUUUUCAUGUCU